AUGCCCGCCCUUCCGCUGCGGGUCCCUCAGCUGAGCACCCACCAGAGGAGAGGCGGCCUGAGCUCCCAGUCCCCACACACAAACCCGGGGCUCGGAGAGGUUCCCAGGAGAGCGCCGGGGCUGCGCUGGGGCUCGUGCGGCCCCGGCCCGGUUCUGUCCCCGCACAGAACCCGGACCCGGCUCACGCCCCACGCACCGCGCGGGGGCCCGGGAAGCAUCCGAGCCCCACGGGGCGCUCCGGGCCGGGGGCGGCCGGGCCGGGUCCGGACCCCGUGGAAGGGAAUGACGAGUUCAGAGCCUGCGGGGCCGUUAGAAACCAUUCCUCACGUCCGUGCCGCAGAGCGGUGCCGGAGCAGCCGCCGUGAGCAGGGAGCGGGGCAGAGCCGAAUCAGAGCGCCGCAGUGUCCGCCUCAGCCCCCCGCUGCCGCGGUGCGGGCGGACAGAUGGAGCGGAGGGCCCGACGGGGCGGCGGUGCACGAGGCGCACUCGGACGAGGACACGCCGACCUCGGACGACCUGGAGCAGUUCGCCAAGCAGUUCAAGCAGCGGCGGAUAAAGCUGGGAUUUACCCAAGCGGACGUGGGGCUGGCGCUGGGCACGCUGUACGGCAACGUCUUCUCGCAGACCACCAUCUGCCGCUUCGAGGCCCUGCAGCUCAGCUUCAAGAACAUGUGCAAGCUGAAGCCUUUGUUGAACAAGUGGUUGGAGGAGGCGGACUCCUCCUCGGGCAGCCCCACCAGCAUAGACAAGAUCGCGGCGCAGGGCCGCAAGCGGAAAAAGCGCACCUCCAUCGAGGUGAGCGUCAAGGGCGCGCUGGAGAGCCACUUCCUCAAGUGCCCCAAGCCCUCGGCGCAGGAGAUCACCUCGCUGGCGGACAGCCUUCAGCUGGAGAAGGAGGUGGUGAGAGUGUGGUUUUGUAACAGGAGACAGAAGGAGAAGCGCAUGACGCCGCCCGGGGGGACGCUGCCGGGCGCCGAGGACGUGUACGGGCCCAGCAGGGACACGCCGCCGCACCACGGGGUGCAGACCCCCGUGCAGUGACCUGGGCGCCCACCCCACCCCCCCGUCCUCUUUCCCCCGCCUUUCCGGCGUCCUCCUUUC